AUGAUUAACAUUUCCAACCAUAGAAAUUUUCCACUACUCAAAUGCGCAUCGUUCGCCAAAAUGUUAAGCACAAGCGAACCAAUUCCGGAUUUUGCAGAAGUAACAGAAACCGUCUGUAAGGUUAUGAUGUCUUCUCCCGCAGUCACACUUGACACUGCUCUUAAUCAAACAGGGGUUAGGGUUUCUCCUGAAUUAGUGGAAACUGUGCUCAAGAGGUUCGAGAAUGCCGGGAUGUCGGCGUUUCGGUUCUUCGAGUGGGCGGAGAAUCAGCGAAACUACUCGCAUUCGGUAAGAGCUUAUCACUUGAUGAUUGAGUCUUUGGCAAAGAUUAGGCAGUAUCAGAUUGUGUGGGAUCUUGUUAAUUCAAUGAGGAAAAAGGGUAUGGUAAAUGUUGAAACUUUUUGUAUUAUCAUGAGAAAAUAUGCUAGGGCUCAUAAGAUUGAUGAAGCUGUUUAUACUUUUAAUGUAAUGGAUAAGUAUGAUACGCUGCAGAAUCUCGCUGCUUUUAAUGGGUUGUUGAGUGCUUUGUGUAAGUCUAGCAAUGUGAGGAAGGCUCAGGAGAUUUUUGAUAGUAUGAAGGGACGGUUUGAGCCGGAUUUGAAAAGUUAUAGUAUAUUGCUUGAAGGGUGGGGAAAGGAACCGAAUCUUCCGAAAGCAAGAGAGGUUUUUGGGGAGAUGGUUUCUGCAGGGUGCAAUCCUGAUAUUGUUACUUAUGGUAUAAUGGUUGAUAUUCUUUGCAAGGCGGGAAGGGUUGAUGAAGCGGUCGGGGUUGUCAAGGAUAUGGAUGAUAAUAAUUGCAGGCCGACGUCGUUUAUUUAUAAUGUGCUUGUUCAUACUUAUGGAGUGGAGAAUCGGAUUGAGGAUGCUAUCGAUACAUUCAUGGAGAUGGAAAGGAAUGGAAUUCAGGCAGAUGUUGUGGUGUAUAAUGCCUUGAUUGGUGCUUUUUGUAAGGCGAACAAAUUAAAAAAUGUGUAUAGGGUGUUACGAGAGAUGGAAAGUAAUGGUAUUGCUCCGAAUUCAAGGACCUGCAAUGUUAUCAUGAGAAGUUUGAUUAGCCAAGGAGAGACUGAUAAAGCUUUUAGCGUCUUUCGCAGGAUGAUCAAGCUGUGUGAGCCUGAUGCUGAUACGUAUACAAUGUUGAUAAAAAUGUUUUGUGAGAAGAAUGAAGUGGAUAUGGCUCUGAAAAUAUGGAGGUAUAUGAAGUCAAAACAGUUUGUUCCAAGCUUGCACACUUUUUCAGUUCUUAUCAAUGGACUGUGUCAAAAGGGAAAUGUUGUGAAAGCUUGUAUUUUACUGGAAGAGAUGAUAGAGAAAGGAAUUCGACCGUCGCGGAUUACAUUUGCGAAGUUGAGACAGUUACUUAUAAAGGAAGGGAGGGAAGAUGUGCUCAAAUUUCUGCAUGAGAAAAUAAAUCUUCUAGUUAAGGAACCUUUGUAUGAUUAA